AUUUACAGCUUGUCUCCGAUCCGCGAUAGCAGGCGGCAUUUGAAACGUCGAUAGACGUCCAUAACCACAAAUAAAAUGGCGUUUAAUUUUUCUGCAUUCUCAUACAUAAUUGCUUUAAUAGCUGAUGCAUUUUUGAUAUUCUUUGCUAUCUUUCACGUUAUAGCAUUCGACGAACUGAAGACAGAUUAUAAAAAUCCUAUUGAUCAGUGCAACAGUUUAAAUCCUCUAGUCCUACCGGAAUACCUGCUUCAUCUGCUCUUCAAUAUACUAUUCAUGGCUUCAGGGGAGUGGCUUUCAUUGUGUCUGAACAUACCCCUUAUUGCUUACCACAUCAACAGGUAUCGUACACGCCCUGUAAUGACUGGGCCAGGUCUGUAUGAUCCAACAAGUAUCAUGAACGCUGAUGUUCUCACAAAAUGCCAACGAGAAGGAUGGAUUAAACUAGCUUUCUAUUUGUUGUCAUUCUUCUAUUAUUUAUAUGGAAUGAUCUACUCCUUGAUCUCAACAUAAGUACCAACCAGUCCACAACUGAUCAUUUGAGCCAAGAUUAUAAUUAGCAUUGCCUCAAACCCCUGUGUGAAACAUUAUGUAAAUGUUGUCACUUUUAGUUCAUUCAUCCAUAACUGUUUCAACAUUGAUGAAUAAUUGUUGUAACUGCCAUAUUGAAUGAAAGUAUGGAAGGUUUGGUAAUUCAAAUACUAGCCUGUAAGAAUUUGA